AUUCGGAAUGAGAAGGCCAGGAGGUACUUGAGUAGCAUGAGGAAAAAACAGCCAGUACCAUUUUCUGAAAGGUUCCCUAAAGCAGAUCCUGCUGCACUCAAACUUUUGCAGAGGCUUUUGGCAUUUGAUCCCAAGGAUAGGCCAACUGCUGAAGAGGCAAGUGCAUUGGCUGAUCCAUAUUUUAAAGGCCUCGCAAAAGUAGAGAGAGAACCAUCAUGCCAGCCAAUAACAAAAAUGGAGUUCGAGUUUGAGCGAAGAAAGGUGACCAAAGAGGAUGUCAAGGAACUUAUAUUCAGGGAGAUAUUGGAGUAUCAUCCUCAACUUCUCAAGGAUUACAUGAAUGGAACUGAGAAAACAAACUUUUUAUAUCCUAGUGCUGUUGACAAUUUCCGAAGGCAAUUUGCUAACUUGGAGGAAAAUGGAGGAAAGAGUGGGGCACACACCGCUUCAUCAGACAGGAAGCAUGUUUCGCUCCCAAGGACAACCACAGUUCAUUCUAAUCCAAUCCCUCCAAAUGGAACCUCCCAAGUUCCUCAAAAGAUUCCCACAGCUAGACCAGGAAGAGUGGUUGGUCCAGUAAUACCGUUUGAGAACGCAACUGCUGUUGAUCCAUACAGCCAACGUAGGGUGGCCAGGAAUCCAGUACUUCCUCCAACCACCUCGAACCUGUCAGCAUACGCCUAUCACCGGAAGUCAGACAACUCAGACAGAGAGCUCCAACAGGAGCUGGAAAAGGACCGCAUGCAGUACCAGCCAGCACAGCGGUUCAUGGACGCCAAGGUAGUAUCACAGAUGUCCCCUGACUUGAGGUCUUCCUACUACAUACCAAAAGGUGUCCCAAAAGCUGAUGGUACAGAUAGAGCUGCUUUGCACUCUAGCAUGAUUCAUGGAAUCGCCCCUUUUAGUGGCAUUGCUGCUGUAGGAGGUGGAGGUGGCUACAACAAGGUCAAUGCAGUUCAAUAUGGAGUUUCUAGGAUGUACUAG